AUGCCUACCGAAGCUCAAAUCGCCGGCGGCCACAAGGCCACGCUCAACAACCCCAACGCUUCGGACGAGGCCAAGCAGCACUCGCGCCAGGUCCUCGACAACGAGUUUAACGGCGGAGACGUCCCUAAAUCCGGCGACAACGAGGAUAAGAACCCUGGCAACGUCGCUGGCGGACUCAAGGCCACGCUAAAGAACCCGAACGUGUCGGAGGAGGCCAAGGAGAGCGCCAAGGAGCGCCUGGACAACAUGUAGACUGUGUCCAACAUGCCUGGACGUUGGCGUUCAUGCACCUCGAAGAGCGCGUUUGUGAACUGAGUUACCGAGCGAG